AUGGGGGUGCAGUGUUCCAAGGUUUCUUUCUCUCUCCCCUUCCCUUCUAUCCCAGGCUGCAAGAUUAAGGCUCUGAGGGCCAAGACCAACACAUACAUCAAGACACCAGUACGGGGCGAGGAGCCAGUAUUCAUGGUGACCGGGCGGCGGGAGGACGUGGCCACAGCUCGACGGGAAAUCAUCUCAGCAGCAGAGCACUUCUCCAUGAUCCGUGCCUCCCGCAACAAGUCAGGGGCAGCGUUUGGCGUGGCGCCUGCCCUGCCCGGCCAGGUGACCAUUCGUGUGCGGGUGCCCUACCGUGUGGUGGGCUUGGUGGUGGGCCCCAAGGGGGCAACCAUCAAGCGCAUACAGCAGCAGACCAACACGUACAUUAUCACGCCAAGCCGCGACCGCGACCCGGUGUUUGAGAUCACGGGUGCCCCGGGAAACGUAGAGCGUGCGCGCGAGGAGAUCGAGACGCACAUCGCGGUGCGCACCGGCAAGAUCCUCGAGUACAACAAUGAAAACGACUUCCUGGCGGGGAGCCCCGACGCCGCGCUGGAUAGCCGCUACUCGGAGGCCUGGCGCGUGCACCCGCCCGGCUGCAAGCCGCUCUCCACGUUCCGGCAGAACAGCCUGGGAUGCAUCGGCGAGUGCGGAGUGGACUCCGGCUUUGAGGCCCCGCGCCUGGGCGAACAGGGCGGGGACUUUGGCUACGGCGGCUACCUGUUUCCGGGCUACGGCGUGGGCAAGCAGGACGUGUACUACGGCGUGGCCGAGACCAGCCCCCCGCUCUGGGCGGGCCAGGAGAACGCCACGCCCACCUCGGUGCUCUUCUCCUCCGCCUCCUCCUCCUCCUCCUCUUCCGCCAAGGCCCGCGCGGGGCCCCCGGGAGCCCACCGCUCUCCUGCCGCCUCCGCAGGGCCCGAGCUGGCGGGCCUCCCGAGACGGCCGCCCGGAGAGCCGCUCCAGGGCUUCUCCAAACUUGGCGGGGGCGGCCUGCGGAGCCCCGGCGGCGGGCGGGAUUGCAUGGUGUGCUUCGAGAGUGAGGUGACUGCUGCCCUCGUGCCCUGUGGACACAACCUGUUCUGUAUGGAGUGUGCAGUACGCAUCUGCGAGAGGACGGACCCGGAGUGUCCCGUCUGCCACAUCACAGCCACGCAAGCCAUCCGAAUAUUCUCCUAAGCCCCUUGCCCCGUGCCUCCUGGGGCCACUCCCCAGGGGCCUGCCUUGGUGCUGUUUUUCACCAGGGCCUUUUGGAAAUCAGUGAUUUGAGGGGCAAGGUGCUUAGAGAUACUCGCU